AUGUCUGGUGUGAAGAGGAAGAGGGAUCCAAGCAAACCAGAGCGCGGCGAAUCCAAAUCCAAGAGCAGGCGCAAAUCACCCAGCGACGACGGCGAGGAUAUCCAGACCGAAAUUGUACAACUCGAAAAACAAAUCCUCGAAUCGCGGAAGCACUACAACAAUAUUGCAACUCUUCUGCAGCGAGCGAAGCAAGCAGACGCGGAGGAUGAAGGCCCAAUACUCGCCGCAGUCGCCCUCUGCCGAGUCUUCUCACGACUACUGGUGACAGGCGACAUGGUGAAGAGCAAGGGCAUGAGCGAGGCAGAGGGCGUCAUUGUUUCUUGGUUGAAGGAGCGCUACCGAGAGCUCUGCGACGUUCUGAUAGACGACUUCCUCCGCAGCGAACACCCCCCGAAGCAGUCUGUGGCCCUGACACUGGUUAUGCGGUUAGUCAAAGAAGAGGCAAAGUCAUCGAAAGACUACAAGAUCAAGAAUGGACCGCUGCCGAGACUCAUCCGGGUAUUGCUAUGCCUUCCCCUGGAUGAUCUGAACCGGGAGGAGUUUGCGGAGAAGUAUCUGAAGCAGUUUGACGAUAUCCGAUACCAGACAUUCCAGACCAUCAAGGACCUCCUCGACAGCGAUCUCGACAUCACAACGCGCCAACUCGUAGCUGCGAACAGCCUGUCCCUCCUAUACACGCUUACCGAAGUCCCCAAAUCCAAGACCGACAUCCAAAACUUCUACGUACAGGUACAAGGGAAGAGCCCGAUACCAUCUCUUCAAGCAUACAAGGAGAAGGCGCAAGCAGCAUGGUUAGCGACCAUGCGCACAGGUCUCUCCAAGGAGCAACGGAAAACUAUCCUGCACAAUUUCUCCCACCAGAUCGCACCAUGGUUCCAACAGCCUGAAAUCUUAUCAGACUUCUUGACCGACUCUUACAACGUGGGCGGCGCAACCUCUCUACUGGCUUUGUCCGGAAUCUACUACCUGAUCUCAGAGAAGAACCUGGACUACCCGUCAUUCUACCUCAAGCUGUAUUCCCUUCUAGACGAAGGCCUUCUCCACUCCAAACACCGGUCACGUUUCUUCCGCCUACUAGACACAUUCAUGUCCUCCUCCCAUCUGCCCGCGAACCUCGUCGCCAGUUUCAUCAAGCGUCUUUCGCGGCUAGCACUCCAUGGACCGCCGGCUGGUGUAGUCGUCGUAGUACCCUGGGCAUACAACAUGUUUAAGAAACAUCCAGCCUGCACCUUCAUGAUGCACCGCGAGAUCCGGGAUCCAGCUAUGCAGGAGGAGCUGGAAGAGGAGGGCAUGGACGAUCCGUUCGACAUGGAAGAGCAAGAUCCCCUCGUCACAAACGCCAUCGAAAGCAGUGUCUGGGAGCUAGAGUCAUUGCAAUCGCAUUACCACCCUAACGUGGCGACACUGGCGAAGAUCAUCUCGGAGCAGUUUACCAAGCGGGCAUACAAUCUGGAGGACUUUUUGGACCACUCAUACACGGCGCUGCUUGAUGUCGAACUAGACCGCGAUUUGAAAAAGGAGCCAGAAGUUGAGUUUGAGAUACCGAAGCGCAUCUUCACCGCGGACGAGGGACUGAAUCCGUUCGGACAGCUGCUCACGCAGGUUAUUGAAGCAAGAUAG